AUGAUUCGAUCGACGCAGAUAUCAAGGCUGGAUGGCCUGAUGCUGUGCGCAUCCGUGGACGAGGACCAGAACGAGACGUCGCUCACCGAGGUGAAGCACCAGGUGCGGCAGGUGCUGCGUAAGCUGACGCGGAACUCGGAGUCGCAGGCGUCGGUCGACUGCGGGACCCGGUACACGCUUCACUACCUGGUGGACCAGGACAUUGUCUUCCUGACCAUCUGCGAUGCGUCGUACCCGCGCAAGCUGGCCUUCACGUACCUGUCGGACCUGGCGCGGGAGUUCACCACGACCCACGGCCCGCAGCAGGUCCACUCGCCCAACCUCCGCCCCUACGCCUUCAUGGACUUCGACACCUUCAUGGCCAAGACUCGCGCCGUCUAUUCCGAUGCCCGCGCCGCCCAGGGGCUCGACCAGCUCAACGACGAGCUGCGCGACGUCACCAAGAUCAUGACCAAGAACAUCGAGGACCUCCUCUACCGCGGCGACAGCCUGGAACGCAUGGGCGAGAUCAGCAGCCGCCUCCGCGAUGACAGCAAAAAGUACAGACGCGCUGCCGUACGCAUCAACUGGGAGCUGCUCCUCAAGCAAUACGGUCCCUUUGCCGGCCUCGGCUUCAUCAUCCUCCUCUUCGUUUGGUUUCGCUUCUUCUAA